AUGAAGACCACAGCUGCAACAUUGUUUAUGCUGAUGUCGUUAGUAGGCUCAGCCGCGGCACACAUAGCCAUGCUUUAUCCUGUACCUCGUGGUGGCUAUGGUACUAAAGAAUAUAACGCUCGUGGCGAUACCCCUAUCGGAUACAAAGACGGUGUGUGGAAAACACGUUUCCCCUGUGGAGGUUUCGCCCCCGGACCUGUGACAGAACUCAAGGCUGGGCAGGUCAUUCCUGUACGCUUCUUAGCAUCAUCCAUGUCAAAGAAGGACAUCAAGACCCAACCAAAACCUACAAACAGCAAACGUGGAUUCAAACAAGCUCGCCAUGGUGGCGGUACUUGCGAGUUUUCAUUGUCGUAUGAUAAUGGCAAGACAUUUCAUCUGAUCGGACGAUAUACAAAAUCAUGUCCAGAUGCAUAUUACGAAUGGCCAGUCAAGAUCCCGAAUAAUGUCCCAUCAUGCAAUAAGAAGGGUCAAUGUCUUUUUGUUUGGUCAUGGAUAUCAAGUUCUAUUCCUCAAUAUUACCAAAAUUGCGUGGAUGUGAGUAUUACAGGCGUAGCUAACGGAAAGUUGCCAUCGAAGGGGCUUGAGCUUGUGAACAUCCCCGGGCACAAACAGGGCGUCAGAGCGCCUGGAGAUGGAGCAGGCCGGAACAUGGGCAAGGGACCGAAUAAGGACGAGGUCAAGGCCAAUCUGAAUGGUCUAUGGAAGUAAAAUAGAACAGCCGUACUGCAGUAGCUAAAAGAAAGAAAGAGAGAAAGAAAGAAAAAAAUAUAUAUAUAUAGAUAAUAGUGUAUAUAAACAAGAUGUAUAGAAUAAAUAAGAAAAAG